GUUGCGGUAUAACCAGUUUGUUGCAAACUGUCAGCAACGCCGAAGAAGAAUCUGUUUAGAGCGGACACUAGCCAUCUUCUGUGUGAAACACUGAUGAUAAGGUAUUCACGGAUAAUUUCAACGUUACAUGUGCCAAUCAACGGAAUUAAAUCCAAUCUCAACGGACCCGACUCAUACAGGUUUUCUAACUAUCCUCGAAAAGGCCACAGAUAUGGCAGAAAAUACAGAACAAAACGAAGCAAAGCAUGACAGCUCAUCGUCCCCUGGCGUGACAGACCAGGAGAAAGAAAUAGCAGCCAGUGCAUAUGAAGCAUAUUUGAGCGGGAAGUACGACGAGUCACUCAAACACCUGGAAACCCUGCAGGAGCUCAACAAGGAGGACUAUAAGAUCGCUAUGAACAAAGCCGUCGUAGAGUUUUACAAAAGCAGUCAGACUACAACAGGGACUCUGAAGCAGACACUACUGGCAAUGAAGAACCAGGUUCACACAUCGGCAGAGGACAUUGAUGGGUUGGAUGAUGUAGAAAAUAGUUGGCUGUACUAUAAUCAAGCCAUCAUCCACUAUCACAUGCGACAGUACUCUGACGCCAUCGCAAUAGGAGAGAGGCUCUACCAGUUCCUGGAACCGUUUGAGAAGUUUGCUCAGGCGGUGUGCUUCCUGCUGGUGGACCUGUACCUGCUCACCUUCCAGCCAGAGAAGGCCCUCCACCUGCUGGCUGUGCUGGACAAACUGUCCACAACAGGAAGCAGCAAGAACGGCAAAGGAGAGAGUUCAAACAAAGAUGGAGCCAACCAGAAGGCAGAGUUCACAGCCAUGAUGGAGGCCGCCAAGUCAAAGAUGCACCAGUACAAAGUGAGAGCCUACAUUCAGAUGAAAUCCUCCAAGGCCUGUAAGAGAGAGAUCAAGUCAGUGAUGAACACAGCAGGGAACUCUGCACCCUCACUUUUCCUCAAGAGUAACUUUGAGUACCUGAGAGGAAACUACCGGAAAGCAGUGAAGCUGUUGAACAGUUCCAACAUCGCAGAGCAUCCUGGACCCAUCAAGACGGGGGAAUGUGUUCGAUGUAUGUUCUGGAACAAUCUGGGCUGCAUACACUUCGCAAUGGGGAAACACAACCUAGGCAUUUUCUACUUCAAGAAGGCGCUGCAAGAGAACGACCACACGUGCGCACAGCUAGGAGACGGCAGCAACGCGCACGCUAAGAAGUUCACAGGUAUUCCGAUGUGCGCUCUGCUAGCGAACAAGCGCUACGAGCUGCUGUAUAACUGCGGGAUCCAGCUGCUGCACAUCGGAAGGCCUCUGGCCGCCUUCGAGUGUCUGAUGGAGGCCGUGCAGGUGUACCACUCCAACCCCAGACUGUGGCUGCGCCUGGCAGAGUGCUGCAUCUCCGCUAACAAGGGAUCGGAGCAAGAAAGCAAAGGUUUACCUUGUAAAAAAGGUAUAGUUCAGUCUAUUGUCGGGCAAGGCUACCAUCGCAAGAUCAUCCUGGCAUCGCAGUCUACCCAGAACACUAUAUACAGUGAGGGCCAGUCAGCAGCUAUCCCAGUAGCCAGUAUGGAGUUUGCAGCCAUCGGCCUGAGGAACGCACUGCUGCUGCUGCCUGAACACCAGCAGGACGCCAAGACAGAGAACGGCUCCAAGAUCUGCAGCCAGGCAGGGAGCACAGAGAGCGGCAACGAGAACAGCGACGCCUGCAGUGGGAAGGGUCCGGAGGCCGAUAAGUUCCUGUCCGCUGCACCAUCGUCCCCUCUCAGGAAACAGGAAGUGGAGAACCUCAGGUGCUCCAUCCUGGCCUGCAGUGCCUAUGUGGCGUUGGCACUGGGAGACAACCUGAUGGCACUGAACCACGCUGAGAAACUGCUCCAUCAAACCAAGGUGUCCGGAUCGCUCAAGUUCCUGGGUCACCUCUAUGCUGCUGAAGCCCUCAUCUCAUUGGACAGGAUCUCAGACGCUAUCGGACACCUCAACCCAGAGAACGUGAGCGACGUGUCGAUGGGGGUGCUGAGCAGCGAGCAGGACCAAGGUUCAGACAAAGGAGAAGAGCCUGUGGAGUCCUCAGGGAAGCAGACCCCCCUGUGUUACCCCAGCAGUGUGACGUCAGCCCGGGCAAUGAUGCUCUUCAACCUGGGCAGCGCCUACUGUUUGAGGAGCGAGUACGAGAAGGCCCGCAAGUGCCUGCAUCAGGCUGCAUCUAUGGUGAACACUAAGGAAAUUCCACCUGAAGCCAUCCUGCUGGCAGUGUACUUAGAGCUGCAGAACGGAAACACCCAGCUGGCCCUGCAGAUCAUCAAACGGAACCAGCUGCUGCCCUCGCCGGUCCAGAGGGUCUCCCCAGACUCCCGCAAGAAACCCGUCCAGCCCAUCCAGCUGCCCUCAUCCUUUACACAAGUUCAGCGCAAAUGAGCCUCUCCAGCCAACCCAGACCUCCCCCCUCUCAAACUUCACCACACACAGUACCCCCUGAGGAGCCUUGAUAUUUAUAAAGCUACUUCCCCUCAGCACCAGGAGCCGUUUGAAAUGCAGGAGACGCUGCAGGCACGAGUAGAGCGUCAGCUGCAGCGCUCACUGUGGACUGUUUAUUUCCAUUUAAAUGAGGAAUCAGUGUAUUGUCUGAACAUUGAAAAUAAAUUUUAUUUACUGUACAACA